AUAGGAACGCAAGAAUAUUCAGCCAAUUAGAUGUCAUGAUUUGAAUCCCAUUUAAUAUGUGAAGUACAAUCCCUGGCAGUGUGACUUCUUAGAAUGACUUGUAGCGGUCUUUCCUGAUUAUUUCUUCCCAAUCCGGAGCAGAGUAGAUCAUCUUGAUCUUCUAGUUUACGAGGUCGACAUUUGUCGUGUUCCGGUAACUAUAUAGCUCUAAUAAACAUGAUGCUUCCGACACCUUUGGCAGUUUUAGUCAUGAUACUUUCGGUCUCUUACAGAGGGGAGGCAAUCACCUGCUAUCGAUGCCUGAAUCUGGCAUCAGGAGACGAUGUACUGCAGACUGGACAGGCUUCUUGUGAGGGUGGAUCGUAUGGAGAAGAAGUCGACUGCCCGAUAGGUCCUUAUUUUCCUUCUUUUGACCUGGGAUGCACGUUCCACGAUGUCACCAUUCGAUUCAUUCUCAAUGGAGAGGAACACAACGCCUCGUACCUAUCACGCGAUUGUGCCAUCGUUCCUUCAUCCGACGGUUGUUACACUAUCGAUGAAACACUUGAACCCAUAGUUGAAGUAGAUUUAAUAUUCCUAGAAAACAAUCACAGCUAUUGUUAUUGCAACCACAACCUCUGCAAUGGCGACUAUGACGUGAGCAACGCUCCAAACCUUGACCCAGAUGACAUGACCGGACCGAACGGGCCCAAUAUAAACCCCACUCGGCUACCUCCUGUAUCACCAACAGGAAGUGCAGUUGCAACAUCGGCUUCCAAGACCCUUCUACUGUCAUCAAUAGUUGCCAUUGUCUUUGACCAGUUGUAGGAUCCUUUAUAGGGUUUGUUUGUAUCAGUGCAAGGAUAAAAUACAUCAAGUUUAAUCUUAUUCUUUUUUUUCUUCAUAUGGUGAUAAAAAAAACUAAGUACACAACAACACAUCUAACUUUUUUUCAAUGGUUAACAAUGUUAACUGUACAAAUUGUGUUAUUAGGCAAUUUGUAAAGUACAUGCAGGGUUUAUUUCAAGAAAUUAUACAUAUACCAUUUAUCUCAAGAAUUCAUCAGUAUUGGUCCUGCACAGAUUAAAAAGAAGUUAAUUUUGACUUGAGAUAACGAAUAAGAGCUUCAGGAUUAAGGCUCAUGGAUGGCGACUCUUUUGGCUUGACCAUGAUCUGAGUAAUUGGGAACGGUGUCUUUCAACAAUCCGGUGGAUUCACAAAACGAUGCGCCAUCUAUCAGUUGUCAGCGGACAGGCUUAUUUCUAACUUUUGGCUCGACAUCACGCGCAGGUUAAGCGCAGUCAGCGCAUAUAGUGCUGGUGUAGAGAUGCUUAGGAAAUGAAAACCAUAUAACAAGCGGAGAAAGAUUUCACCGAAAACUCUAAAUUUUGCAAAUAAAUCUGCAGCAAAUUUCUCUCCCACCUCCUAGACCCUGAUAAACAGCAUAAUUUUAAGCAAACCGACCGAGCCGCGUCGGUCAGCCCAACACAUCGCAUGCAUAUAUGCACAAUAAUAUGAAAGUGCGCUUCACUGAUGUCGAUUUCUUCUCAUGAUGCAUUGCGAAUUUCGGCCAGUCCGCUACAAACGGAAGGUGAUGCACCGCAUUGUAAAUUAAUUUUAACAUCCGUCUAAAUUGUUGACUUCUUCACACCGAAAUUAACCGUUAGAAUUGGAGUAAGAUUUAUAAGGAGAGCGGGAUAGCGGGGACGUGUUUCUAUUCCUUAAAAUCGCAUCCAAUGAUUAACAGGGUUUGUUAGUAACGAGAGAGUGAUAACAAGAAGGAGCCAUUUCGUCUAAUUAAAUUACAAAUAUGCAGAGCUCACAUUAUGUAGACAUGUGGUGCACUAAAGUAAAUAAUAUUUCGGAUGUUUAAUUAAACCAGCGAAACUUGCAGUGGUCGAAAUAAAUAAAGGGGAUCAUUCACCCUGACAUUUUGUUUUGUAAAAAUAUCAGAAAAAUAGUAAAAAAAAGGCCAGUGUUUUGAUUAUCCGUGAUGACUUUUUUUUCCUUUAAGGAGUGGGUGUAAAAUGAGUUGUCUGUUGAUGUAGUUAAAGUACGGUAAAAUUCAUUUUAUUUUAUUUUUUAAAUGAAAUUUCAUUAUUAUUUUUUUAUGGAAAGCUGCUCCUAUGUGACGUCACAAAUGAAAAAAAAAAUAAACUUCUUAUAAUUUUCUAAAAACCUUUACGAAAUAUGUAUAUACAUUCGUAAAGUGUUUUUUUUAUUUUGAUAAAUUUUCCAAAAACCUUUACCAAUUUUUUUCAAUAUUUAUUUUCUGCUAUUUUCACAAUACAAUUUUCGUCAGGGUGAACUUCCCCUUUGAGUGCAAUCUCUUUCUUAAGGGGCUUUCACAAUUGCUCCUGCGAUCGUUUGCGAUCAUUCGGUCACGAUAUAUGUUGCACACAAUCGCAACGGUUAUAAGCAGUCACGUCACCAUUUGUGAAAAGGGCUUACCAAUAAGUUAUUUCCUCCCUGAAGCUUUAUCAAACGUAAUGAAAGAAAACAUCCCGCUGAGAGCAAAUUUGAAAUCCUUUUCAUCAGGGCCCCGUAUAGUGUGUUUGAUCCUUUAAACAACAUAAAGAACAACACCUUCAUAGUCAAUCGCUUAUACCCUUGUCCAACUGUCACGGAAGUUGGCGCCACGUUCGUGAAGGAUCGCACUACAGUGCGUAUCAAAAAAAAGUUUACACUUAUAAAAAAUCCUGUAAAUUUAUACAUUUGUAAUAUUAUGAAGAUUUUUCCACAUUUUAAUAUUGGUACAGAUCCAUUUAAGCAAAUGACGAUAUAACUGUCGAAAAAUAUUUCCGCUUGAGUGAGCACCACUUACUUUUGAAAAGUUAAUGAAAAUUACAUGCGCAUAACUUUGAAAUAGUUAUGCGAAUAAAAGUGACCUUAAUCAUGAAGAACACGUUGAAUUUAGCUAGUAAAAUUGAUUUAAAGAUAUCUUUUACCUUUUUAAAGUUGUUUCCUUGCCCAAAACACUUCGAAAAGUGCAUUGCGCCCUACCCCACUCCCCCACACACCGAGGCAAUCGUGACGAUAUUUGCUUUACACUGAGCUGUGAUUUACGUGAAAUGGCUUAGGCUUGACUUUCAUUUUGUUAACCAUUGUCAAGCUUGGAAAAGGUGUGGAGAAACAAGUAUUGAAUAACAAAUGAAAUGUAAACCCACUUUUAAUGAUAAAAACUUAGUGACAAAAUGCUAUAGAUGUCUGAUAUAAAUUUUUGUUCAGAUUUAGUUAUGUCCUCAGAUCCAGCUGGCACAAAAAGGGUGAAGGUUGUGGUUACUAAGUGUUGAAACUUCAAUAUGGGUGGCAAAAUUGUUACAAAACGCUUGAAUGAAUGUAUCUGUGUUAUUUCAAAUGACUAAAAGUGCAAGGAAAAUGUAUAAAAAAUGUUUCGCAGGGUAAAUUUGAUAUUGCUUUUUCCCCUUGACACAGCGUGAAAACUAGCAUUUCUGCGCAAACAGAUUUCUGCGAGCUUUACAAAAAUGGAAAGUGCUCACUCAAGUGUAACAUUCUGUCAAAACUUUUACUUUCAUUGGAUAGAUGAGACCCAAACCUAAAAUUAUAUGUGAAAACAUUACCCAGAUAUUGUAUAUUUUUCAAUUCCCAGUGCUUUUUCAAAGUGUAAAUCUUUUUUGAUACGUACUGUAUAGUUGGAACGAGGUAUUAUACCUGUCAUAUGAUCCUUGAAGAUUGCUCUUUCGUAGCUGAUCGCGAUAAUUUGUUGAGCCAUUCAAAAAAAAUUUCCGCGAUCAAUACGAUUACCACGACUGAUGUAUCUUAUUAUAUAUGAUCUGAUGAGGUCAAUACGACUUCUCCACGAUUAAGUACGCCGUGUGAAUCAUCGGCGCAAAUCGUGAUAGUCGGAAUCAGGUAUAGGCAAUAAUAAUGUAACCUAUCCAAUACGAGAUUUUUCAGAGAUUAUCCUGACAGCCAUGAACAAUUUCUUUAAAUAAAUUGAGAAUUUAUCCAA